AUGCCACGCCCUCAAAUUGACCUGGAGCCUUACAAGGAGGAGAUUACUCUCCUCUAUUCUCAGAAUAUAGCAAUUGCCAAUAUUCAGACCAUCAUACAAAGCCACGGCGUCAAUAUCUCACUUCGCACGCUCAAAACCCGCCUUUCUUCCUGGGGGUUGCGGCGCGAAAUACCCAGCCAGAAUGAAGCUUUACACGCUCGCCUUCUUACUCUAAUUACGGAGGCCGGCUUAUCUCCUAAAGAAACACUCGAAGUGCUACAGAAGGAGGGAUUCCAGGUUUCUGAGCCUACGCUUAAAAGGUUACGAAAACAGCUUGGAAUUCAGCUUCGUACAGACUGCCCGCUUCAGCGGCAGCAGCAGCGGCUUGAAAUCGAGGUUCUCUUGACCGAGGAGCUUGGAAUUGGCGAUGCCGAAGGUUAUAGGCGUCGGGUUCUCUAUCACCACCUUCGCCGCCAUGGUUUUCUUUUCCCACAGCACCGAGUAUUCGAAGUCUACCGUUCCCUUCGCCCUGACUCACUCCUCCGCCGAUCAUACGAUCUCCAGCGCUCCCGCGGCGAGUAUUGGUGCCCUGGGCCAAAUUUUGUGUGGCAUGUGGAUGGCUAUAUGAAGCUAGCGCAGUUCGGAGUUGAGGUUUAUGCCGCUAUUGAUGGGUACUCUCGGUAUAUUCUCUGGAUAUACGUGGGGAUUAGUACUCAUACAGCAGUGAGCGUUCUCUCUCAGUUUCUUGACACCCUUGCCGACCUCUCCUACCAACCGGAGAUUAUUCGGUCUGACCUCGGUUUGGAGACAUCCCUGAUUGGGGAUGCACAAUGGGCGCUGCGGCAGGUGUUCGAUCCAGAGGCUGCCCAUGGAGACUGUUUCUGGCUAGGGCGAAGCACAGAUAACCAGAGAAUAGAGGCUUGGUGGGCGCAGUUGUCUAAGUCAUGUACUUUUCUCUAUUACCACUAUUUCCGGGAGCUCCAGGAACAAGGUCUCUUCUCCGGCUCUGUCCCCGAGCAAGUCGCCCUUCUUGCUGUCUAUAUGCCCACACUCCGCCGGGUUAUUGGUGAGUACGCUAAGACCUGGAAUAUUCAUAAUAUCCGUAAGCAAAAGUCAAGGCCGAACGCCGUUACUGGGAAGCCUUUUAUGAAUUAUUUUAAUGCGUCUAAGCCGGAUUACCAGCGCGCAGUUGAUCCGAUGUUACUUCAUGAGCUACAGGAGGACGUCAGGGACUGGGAUAAAGAUGAAUAUUUACCCCCCGACGUCCUUGCUUGGUGCCACCAGCAGCUUCAGGAGAUUGGAGCCGAGCUUUAUGGACCUGGAAAUGGCUUCAAUCCUGAGGAUCCUCCGUCUCGUGUGCCAGCGGAAGUUAGUCAACCUUACCGGGUCGAAUAUCUCGAACUCCGCCGCCGUGCUCUUCUCCAUGACCAAUUGGAUGAGUAUCCAGUGCUCUGUCUCACUUCGAAACCCCUCGGCGCGUGGGAUUGGGAACCUAGUGAGGCACAGGAAGGCUAA